AUGGCCGGCGCUGUUGGAGCUGGCGUACUGGCUGUUGCUACAUACAACAAUUAUAAUAACCGGCAACCCAAGGUAGAAGAACUGGAUCCCGCAACAUUUGAAGAUCAACAAAUUCAGGCAGGACAACAGGAGCAAUAUGAUCCAUAUCGACCCAAUCCACAUGCUAGCUGGUUGUCUCAAGCAUCCGCCAUCGAUCCUUUCGGUACAGCAGCUGCAUACAAUUACGCUACACAACUACAUCAAGCUUCUGCAGCAACCUCAUCAGUCGAACGCCCUCCUACUACUGUCAUCCGCGAAUCCACCUAUAACAAUCUCCAUGCAUCCAUCUUCCAUGUCAGUGCUCCGCCAGAAGACAAUACGGUACCAGCUGGUGGUGGUGCCUAUGUUCCAGCAUUUGUACCUACUAUCCAUGAUCAAUCACGUCAAUCACCUGAGAUGGAUGCUUUUGGAGGCAACGGCGGCGGCGGUGACGGUGGCAAGCGAGGAAGCUGGCUCUUGAAGAAAAUUGCAGCACGAUGGCAGCAAGGGUGGGCAACGGGCGCACAUGCAUCUGACAUCACAGCAACAACCGAUGCAAGCAGUGUCAAUAACGAUAGUUCUACCUCUAAUACCACUGACGAGUCUAAGCAGCAGAGACCUCAACACAUUCAAACAGAUUCUGGCGAUAACAGUAACAAUAACAAAGGAAGAAUGUUAUGGGACAUCGCAUUAGCAAGCGCUGGCGGUAGUACAGUAGCGCGCUCAGCUUCAACAGCAUCGACCAACCCAUUCCGUAGCAGCAUGUCUACUCAUCGUGAUAGCGUCAUUUCAGCCUUACGUAUACCACUUAUUCAAGAAGAUGCUUGGACUUUGGAGGACCAUGCUGCCAUGUCCAAUGAAUAA